AUGGAGUCAAGUAGAUAUGUUAUCUUUUUGAGGGUUACCAAGUUGAUGAAUAAUGGAAGAAGGAUGGGAUUAAUUAUACCUAAAGGCUCUGAUGAAAGGGGGUGGAUUGAGUUUGGAAGCUUAUUGGAGUUUUCAAUGGAGAAGGGUAGAACAAGAGAAGGUGAGACAAACAAGGCUAUGAUUCGUGAAGAAGAUAAAUGGAAGAAAGCAGUAGUGUGUUGUAGCAGAGCUUGUUUCACCUGUGGAAUAAAUGGAGACCAAAAUCCAAUUCGUUUAGAAGCAAAGUCUCAUUCUUGGGGUGGAUGGAUUGCACUAGAAGGUCUUCCAUUUCACCGAUGGCAUAUGGAAGUGUUCAACAAGAUUGGGGAUUGUUGUGGAGGUUUUGUCGAGAAGCCAGCUGUUUAUAAAAAUAAGGCCCAAUAUCUAGAGAAAGAGAAGUCCACUCGAAAAAGGCCUCUUGUUGAGCCUUAUGUAAAUGGGCUUGGUCUGGAACUUGAUGCUAGGGGAAACCGAAGAGCCACUGAACAACCAAACGAGAAGAAGAAUAAGCUUUCUUGGGAUCACAGGAGAUGUUACGAAGGAGCUAGGAAGGAUUGUUUGAUAUCAAUGAAGUUGCUGGGAAUGCUUCAGGGAGUACUGGCAGGUAAAGGAGUUCGAUGGAGGCCUCUGAUCGAAGGAGUACUGGCUGGUAAAGGAGUUCGAUGGAGGCCUCUGAUCGAAGUGAGUAUGGGGCAGAGCCAAGCUUUGAGGAGUUAUGUUGUUUUAUGGGAAGAUUUUGUACCUUACGCAAAUAUUUACACUUUUGAUGAGCACAAUAAGUCCUUUGUGUCUUUAAUGGUGGACGACUGUGGGGGAGUCUUUACUCUUGCUUGUUCAGGUCAUCUUGGGUUAUCUGGGAUGGGCAAAGGGAUGCAGGCUGGGGAGAAGGGCGAGGUAGGUCAAACUAAUGGUCAGGAAUUGGCAGGGGUGGGUAAUGUUUUUUCUGGUUUUGAGUCGGGGUUAGGGAUGGAAAUGGUGGGUGGGAUGUUUGGGCCUGGGGGGAGAAGUUGGUUAUCAAUGGGAACUGGGGGUCUAUGGGAAUCGAAAAACAACAAAGUUCAAGUCUGUUAG